CAAAAUAUUACACCAAAACGAACCGACUAUAAACAAACGCACGAGCUUUCGCGGACAGCGGCACUUCACUUUCUGAUCGUGAAUUUGGCCAUUUGGGAACGAAAAUCUGCAACUGAGAGGAAAUGGCUUCCAUCUUAGCUCGCAAAUCCCUAUCUGCUCUUCGCGCUCGCCAGCUCGCUCUGGCAGGGCAAGCAUUGCAGGGCUCUGCUCGUAUCGGGACUAUUUACCCUGAGCGCACAUUUGCCACAAAACAUUCAUUCUCUAACGACAAGGAUGAUGAAGAAAGAGAGAAGCUUGUAAGGGAGAUAUCUAAAGAUUGGAGUUCUGUUUUUGAGAGGAGCAUUAACACAUUAUUCCUCACUGAAAUGGUUAGAGGUCUGAUGCUGACACUCAAGUACUUCUUUGAACCGAAAGUCACUAUUAACUAUCCUUUCGAGAAGGGCCCUCUAAGUCCUCGCUUUCGUGGAGAACACGCUCUGCGACGUUAUCCAACUGGAGAGGAACGUUGCAUUGCUUGUAAACUAUGUGAAGCUAUCUGCCCUGCUCAAGCAAUCACCAUCGAAGCUGAGGAGCGGGAAGAUGGGAGCAGAAGGACAACUAGGUAUGACAUUGAUAUGACCAAGUGCAUAUACUGUGGUUUCUGCCAAGAAGCGUGCCCUGUCGAUGCCAUUGUGGAAGGGCCCAACUUUGAAUUUGCUACUGAGACUCAUGAGGUUUCUACCAAUAUCUUCUUUACUUGCUAUGCUAUGUCAACUGAGAAGAUGUAUGGACUAAUUACAAAUUUUGCAUGUACUAGGAACUUCUCUACGACAAGGAGAAGCUGCUAGAAAAUGGUGACCGGUGGGAGACUGAGAUCGCGGAGAACCUCCGUUCUGAGAGCCUAUACCGUUGAGUAGUGGAUCGGCCUCGACGCCUGCAAAAACUUGGAGUUGGAUCUCUUAAUUUCUGAAACGUUUGAAUAAAGGGAUAAAUUUGUUUAUGCACCUCUUGUAUCCUGAUUCUUGGCAGCUUUUUCACGAGAAAGGCAAGAAAAACAAGUAUUGAUGCAGCUGCUAUUUUUGCUUCAGAUAUUUAUUGCUGUAUUGUUGCUUUUAUAGAUGAAGCUCAGGUUGAUUUGAUUUUUGCUAUCGAACGCAUAACUUGACGUCGCAAUUAUGAACUCAUUUUUUGUCAA